AUGCCCUCUCCUGAACGCCUGCUCGUCUCGGAGCCUAAGGCGCUGUGGCGGCGGCAUAGCGCAAGGUCAAGCGGGAGUCGCGCUAUAAAGGCGGCCGGAGCUCGCACUUGGCAUCAUUCGCUCUUCAGCCAUCUCUUCGCCUCCAACGCCAUGAUCGCUAAGGUUGCAGCAGUGCUAGCACUUGUGGGCGUGGCCCUUGCCGCCCCCUCCGACCCCUACGGCCCGCCCGCUCACCAGCCCGUCUACAAGGAGGACCCUAUUCCAUACAACUUCGCCUACGCUGUCAAGGACGAAUAUGCUGGCACUGACUUCGGCCAAAAUGAAGAAUCUGACGGUCAAUCAGUCAAGGGAUCCUACACUGUUCAGCUUCCCGACGGCCGCAAACAGACGGUGAACUACGUGGCCGACCACUACAACGGCUACCAGGCUGAGGUCACCUACUACGGCGAGGCUCAGUACCCCCACGAGUACGGUCCCCCCGUCACCUUCAAGCCCCAAAAGUAUGGCUCCCAGCCUUCAUACCAGCCUGAGCCCUCAUACCAGCCCCAGCCUUCAUACCAGCCCGAACCUUCAUACCAGCCCCAGCCUUCAUACCAGCCUGAGCCCUCAUACCAGCCUCAGCCUUCAUACCAGCCCGAACCCUCAUACCAACCACAGCCCUCAUACCAACCUGAGCCUACAUACCAAUAAGAUGACGUUAUAGAAUGUAUCUCCAGUUGUUAUAUCAUAGUUGAGCCUAUUUGUACACAAGUUCCUCUUAAAUAAAGUAAUUUAAGUGUC